ACGCGGGCUUAAUCAAUAAAAUUAAUUUGCAGAAUUGUAUUGUAUUUUAUUUUUAUCACAGGCCAAUUCUGGGUGUUUGGUUGAUCAGAUUCCCAGGUCGAACAAUGGCGGCUUCCAUUAAUACGAUACUAAUAGCUAUGCUGGCCACUUUCCGCUCGCAGACAUCCUUGAAGCCCCAAGGCGGUUUGCUCUUACUUCUCCUCUCCACGAGUACGCCGCCCACAGACCUUUCUCCUCCUUUUGGUACUUUUGCAUAGGUUUUUUCAUUUACUGACUAUCCGUUUGAGCCGAUUAAGAAUCAAAAGUAGUCGUAAUUGUUUCACAACUUGAUUGAACUCGAAAGGGUUACGUACCUCCAAGUUUUGGUAAUUGGGUAUUGGCCAUUCCUGAGGGAAUCGGUAAAUUUUGGGGUUUGCUGGGAAACUUGAUUGUGUUUUUACCAUGCUUGCUCUCUGCAACUACGGUCCAGCGGCCUGCUUUUCGAGAUUAGGACGGAAAACUACUAUUAAUUUGUUGCCUCCUGUUCAUUUCUCAAUACCGAUUUGCCCUUUCCAGACCCAAUUCAGAGAAACCAGCUGUUCUCUUGUCCUGGUUUCUUCUUGAAUUGGAAGAAGGGGAGUUUCGAGGAAUUCUCUUGAUGAUUUUUUGCGGAAUACUGAAGAAACGGUUUCUGUUUUUUUUUCUUUUCCCCCAAGGUAGAACUAUGACUACCACGAGCAGCAGCGACAAGGAGAGAGUUUCCUCCUCAGUAAGAGUAAAGAACAUGUCUUCUUCUUUAAAAAGUGUUGUGGUUCCGACAAUCGCAAAUGAGGGUCCCCAUGUGGAUGGAGGAGUGAAGGAAGAGAUGGAAUUGUUAAAUGCAUCAGAGGAUUGGUAUGGUGGAGUGACUGUGGUAGUGAGUGAGCCUAUGGAAGUUGCGGAUUUCGUGCCACGACUGAGACAUUCCAUCUCAAAAUGGAAGGAACAGGGAAAGAGGGGACUUUGGAUGAAGUUGCCGAUUAACCAGUCUCAUCUGGUGGAUCCUGUAGUUAAGGAAGGGUUUAGGUUUCACCAUGCUGAAUCAGAUUAUGUGAUGCUCGUGUGUUGGCUUCCUGAAGAUGAACCUGAUACACUCCCAGUCAAUGCCACUCACAGGGUUGGUAUUGGGGCACUCGUGCUCAAUGAAAACAAAGAGGUAUUGGUAGUCAUGGAGAAGAAUGGUGCUUUCAAAGGCACAGGGUAUUGGAAGCUGCCAACUGGUGUAGUUGAUGAGGGUGAAGACAUCUCUGCAGCUGCUGCAAGAGAAGUGAAAGAAGAAACGGGAAUUGACGCUGAGUUUGUCGAAAUUUUAGCAUUCCGGCAAAGUCACAAGUCGUUCUUCAGCAAAUCAGACCUGUUUUUUGUCUGUAUGAUGAGGCCACUUACUUCGAAUAUCACUGCCCAGGAAUCGGAGAUUGCGGCAUCUAAGUGGAUGCCAAUCAAUGAGUAUGUUGAACAGCCCUACAAUAAGCAGCAUGGACAGUUUAGGUAUGUUGCGGAGAUCUGCAAAGCUAGAGCAGAAGGGGAGUACGUUGGGUUUUCUCCGUUUCCAGUCUCAUCCGCUUCUGGCAAGGACGUUUACCUGUACUACAACAAGCAGGACGGUAGCAGAUUGUAGGCACGUCUCUAGCUCUCGUCUCGCUCUGACCAACUCUCACUUACAGCUAUAUCAUUAAGUUCACCUUAAUGUUGGAAAUUUGGGGUCAGCGACUCAGCCUUCACCUAUAUCGUUUAUUAUCUACUAAUAAUACCCCCUGUAUUGUAUAUAUAUCAUUGUGUAGGAAAUAUUUGUUGCCAGUUAAGUAUAUUAUUUACCUUCACCUAUCCAAUCUUAAAGCAUUUGUAAAUUGAAGGGAUUCUUAUUUGUACAAAUGCUACUUCGAACUUGGAACGAGCAUGAAGAAAUUAACGAUACUUCUUUAUCUUUUGAGUUGUUCU